AUGUCUUUACACUUUUUGAACUUAACGAUAUGUGAUUUGCAUCCAACAUUUUUAAGCGUCCGACAACCGGUUCUAACAUACCAAUCUUUGGAUAACUACAUAACUCAUGAUCCACUCCAAUCCUAA